CCCUGCUCAAAGGCCGUAUUGAAUUGAACUUGUAUAAAUGUUAUAUCAGGCACAUAUACAGGGGUUGGGGUAGGCAAGGGGGCCUGGUCUGCCCUCCCCCACUUUUUUGACAAUUUACUUUUUCCGUUAUUCUAACAUACAGUCAAUGUUUUCUACAUGCAAAGUUCAAACUAAUAUUUUUUUUUUUUAUUUCUAAUGAUGAAUUGUACAUUGAAGUAGGACUCUCUCUCUCUCUCUCUCUCUCUCUCUCUCUCUCUCUCUCUCUCUCUCUCUCUCUCUCCUGUUCUAUGAAUGAAUAUGUACAUGCAAAGUGACUGUAAAUAAUUAUGUGAUUCCCAAGGAGACAACGAAUCUUGAAAGUUGUACAAUAUUUUCGUUUAUUUAUUAAUUUUCCUUUUAUAUAUGAAUUUGUACGUGUAAUGAACUGUUUAUUUUGAAUUGCAAAUACACGUAUUUUCACUCAGAUGUAUAUUUCCGAUCAUAAUUCCCUUAUUUAUAUAUCGAAGUUUGUAUGUCAUCAUCGAUAAAGUUUUAAUUGUGAACGCAAUAUAUCAUUAUGUACGUGCAUGACCAGAUCCACGAUUUCUAUAAACUGCAAAACCCCUGACCAAGAGUCAAGCAUUCAAUACAGGAAAAAUAUUUCGACUCUGAUAUCUCCCCUGAUUGAAGACAUCCUGAUUGGUACGGGUGAAGUAAGUCGCAGUUUAUAUCGUGUUGUAAAGUUCUGUUGAUAUACAAAUGGAGUUAAUCAUUUUGUUUCGUGGAUUUAUCAGAAUAAAGAGAAUCUAACAUUUUAGGUAAGUGCACAUCUCCGGUACCUGUUGAAUAGAUGUCCGCAUUUGAUCCUUUUUUGCGAGCAUGCCAUGUGUGUGCCAUAUUAUGCAUGUAUAUGACAUGCACCUGUAUUUUACAAGAAUUGGUGGGAAUAAUAGAUAUUUUAUCCUCUUUGCUUAGUCCAUUAGAAGGAAAAGAUAUCAGUAUGUAAUUGGCAAAUGAUUUCUCCGCAUUUAUAUCAUAAGCAACUGCAAUACUUGCAUGCACUAGCAAGUAUACAAGAAAAACUUUUAUCGCAUGCAUUUUGGUCUAAAUUAUUUCAAAAUGUUUCACUGGUAUACAAUAGAUAUUUUGUAAUUUUGAGCAAAGCAUGAUGUUUUAAAACGUGAUUUUAUUUAUUUCUCAUUCCCUAUACAUUACUUUCGGAGAUGUGCACUGGUCAAGUCCACUUAGGCAAUCACUCAGGUGUGACAAUCGCAUUUAGGGGUAUACAUGUAUAUGGGUAGAGUAAAUUAUGCUACCUGAGAGAAAUAUAGCAAAUAAGAUGUGAAAUGUGUACGUAUUUAUCAAUUCAUGUCCGCUUUAAUUUAAGCGUAUGACACACCUCUGUCCAGCUAAUCUCUAAGGGUAUUAGUCGGUCACUGUCCAGUGCAUGCGUUUUAUAAUGAGAAGGUCAUGGCCUGGGUACAAAGUGUUAAUACAUUAGAGACGUACUUACUUGUAUGGAGGUUAUCGCUGUCUGUAGGAGAUUGACUUUUAACUGUUUAAUCUCGUCACUUGAUACUGUGCUCUCGUGAUGUAUGCACUAAAUAUUUGUGCACUAAUUAUAUUAUUCAACAUCAUUUCGCUUACAAAAUGUCAAAAUUAUCAACCCACAUGGGAGAGUAUCGACUCUCGUCCAAUUCCUGGGUGGUACGACGAUGCCAAAGUGGGCAUGUUCAUUAACUGGGGAGUUUACACGGUGCCUUCUUGUACCACUGAGUGGUUCUGGUGGUUCUGGAAAGGACAGCCACAAACAAACGUGGUGGAGUUUAUGAAGAAAUUCUACCCACCAAACUGGACGUAUGCGGACUUCGCUAAAGAAUUUCGUGCCGAGUUUUAUGAUCCAUAUAAGUGGAAAGACAUUAUUGUCUCAUCCGGUGUAAAAUAUGUUGUGCUAUCUUCUAAACACUGUGAUGGAUAUAGCAUGUACCCAACUAAUGUGACCUAUCAAUGGAAUUCAAGAGAUGUCGGUCCAAAGCAAGACCUAGUGGGUCAUUUAAAGGAAGCACUGAAGGGGACAGAUGUAAAAUUUGGGCUCUAUCAUGCCAUGAUAGAAUGGUUUAACCCAAUAUGGCUCACAGAUCAAAAGAAUAAUUUCACCACUCAAAGAUAUGUCAAAGAUUAUAUACAUCCCCAGCUUUAUGAGAUUAUCAAUACUUACCAGCCAGAUGUCCUGUGGAAUGACGCCGGCUGGUUAGCUCCCAGCUGGUAUUGGAAUUCUACAAUAUUCUUAGCUUGGUUGUACAACAAGAGUCCAGUGAAAGACACUAUUGUGGUAAAUGACAGAUGGGGAUAUGACUGCUUCUGCAAGCAUGGAGGGAUAUGGACAUGUUCUGACCGUUUCCAUCCGGGUCAUGUUAUGCCACAUAAAUGGGUGAAUGCCAUGACGAUAGACAGAUACUCCUGGGGGUACAGGAGAAACGCUGAUCUAAGCCAGUACUACUCCAUAGAAGAGCUGUUAGAGGAAAUGAUUUACACCAUUAGUUUUGGAGGUAACAUACUAAUUAAUGCCGGGCCAACAUCAUGGGGAACCUUUGACCCAAUUUAUGAGGAAAGAUUCCGUCAGUUGGGGUCAUGGUUGAAGGUCAAUGGAGAAGCUAUAUAUAAAUCAACGCCUUGGACUCAUCAGAAUGACACAGAGACAAAAAGAGCGUGGUACACAGCGUCCAAGUCAGAAAAGAAAGCUGUUUAUUGUAUAAUCUUGGAUUGGCCGUAUGAGAACGAGGUGACCCUGGGAGCGUUGAAGGACAUUCCCGUUUCCGAGGUCACACUGCUUGGGUCGGAUGCGGUGGUGUCCUUUGCACAAGAGUCACGUGGUCUUAAAGUUGUAUUUCCCGCCCUUAGUGUCCGUAAGAUGCCAUGUGAAUGGGCUUGGACUUUGAAGAUUACACUAAAAUGAUAAAUUUUUAUACGCGAUACAAGUACUUUUAGUGUACUUAUAAAUUAUAUGCUGCCCACAUAGAAACCGACUUAUUAAAGGGAUGUUUAUGCCUUUAAUAUCAUAUGUUUCUAUACAGUAUAUAUUGUUAGUAUUCAACAGAUGUGUUUAGUUCCUCAAACAUAUUACUUUUAUUGUUCUUUGUAUCGCUAUGUAUGCCCAGUUUUUAUAAGGAGGUUUAUUUCUGUGAUGAAAUUCUGAUCUUGCCGGAUGCUUGGCAUAUAUCUUACUAAAUGUUUUAUCCUGCAAUGUUGUCGGUUUUUAUAUAUUGGUUAAAUUUUUAUCCACCAACUUUGAUAAUGAAAUUUUAUCGCAUAAAAUCCACAAAUUUCGGAGAAGUCAUCGCCGCAAAAAAUCAGAAGUGGAUGGGGGGGGGGGGGUGUUGUAGUGUCUAUAUAUCAGGUGCCUGUGAUUUUUAUCCUACUGUAUUGUAUGGUUUUUAUAUCGGAGGUAAUUUUAUCCGACCACAUGUUUUGCCUUUAUCUUGCCAUUUGACUUUUAUUUUGGUUUUAAUGUAAUCUGCAAUCAUUUUUAGUUCGGAAAAGAUUUUAUAUGGGUUUUAUUGAAAUAUGAAAUAUUAAUCUGCUAUGGAAUAUUUCUUCCUACAUUUCUUGAAAUAAACAUAAUAUUUAUUAAGAAGUAAGAAAACGUGAUCGAGAGCGGGCCUGGACGAGCUCUUAUCAUGCUUUCGACCCAAGCUGAAAUAUCACUUAUAAUUUGUUAAUCCUAGAAUAUGGUUAAGUGUUAUGUGCCGAAAAUUAGCCAGUCUACAUUAGAAAAUAAGCAUAGAAGCGUCGCUUCAGCGGCUGUGUCUAUUACGUCACAACGUAAACUUUGAAAAACACAUCAAGCUCGUCAUAGAAAUAUAUGUAACUUCACAGAAUCUUUUCUCUUAUAUUUCUUUUGAAAUUGAAGUGCUUUCAUCUGUGACAAUGAAUACAGUUUGUUGCAAACUAGUUCGAUCCGGUAUUUUAGUACCACCUGUCUUUGUAAUCAUUACCAAAUAUGGAGCGUCAUCAACGUCGAGGGUACAUUGGCUGUUCCGUUUAAAGUAACGAAUGGGUCAACCAUAUGCCAUUUUAGUUCUUUUAAAAUUAGUUUAUUUCUUUAAGAAAUGCAUUAAAAAUUUAGAUACAUUAAA